AUGACCCUGUCCUCCGGGACUCGGGCCGUGGAGGGAAACCUGAACCUGGCCAUCCAAGCGAUCCUGCUACGGAGUCAGGAGCAUCCAACACUGUUCCGCACCGCCGUGCUGCUGUCCACCGCCCUGAUCAUCUGGAGGCUGUGGAAGUUUACUCUAUAUCCGAUUCUGCACCCGACUGAGCCAAAGGAACUGCCGUCGUGGAUCCCUAGUAAGUUUUCAAGCCAUGGCUUUGCCUUUUUUCACAACUCGCAGGCCUUUCUGGCCAAGGCCACCAAGGCGAUUGGCGGCAAAGACCCCUUCGCCGUGACCGUCUUCGGCUCGCACUUCUACAUCAUCACGCAGCCCAAGCAGACGAUUGAAGUCUACAAGAAUGUGGACUCGCUCUCGUUCGAGGAGUUCCUGAUCGGGCUGAUGAAAUAUCUCAACUUGACCGAUCACACCCUGCAGGCCGUCUUCGAGACGCGGUUGCCGCGCGACAAGCCCGGCUUCCCCAACCCAGACGGCAAGGCGCUGGGCCACUUUGUGCGCGACAUGCACCACCGUCAGCUGUACCCGGGCGCCAACCUCGAUACCCUAGAGGCCGUCAUGGUGCAGUGGUUCGACAGGUACCUGCACCUGGACGCCCUGCAGACUCUCUGCGCGCCAUACAGCACCUCCUCCUCCUCCUCCUCCUCGCCUGCUACUACCGGCGAGGCUAAUAAGGCUAGUAUCGAGGUACCGCUAGUCAAGUGGUGCUCGGAGCUGUUCACGCGCGCGGGUGAACAGGGCUACUUUGGCGACUCACUGGCGGCGCUGGACCCGGACAUGGCAACCACCUUCCUCGUGUACGAUGAGCUCAGCUGGCAGGUCUUGUACCAGUACCCGCGUGUCUUUAGUCGUCAAAUGCACGCAGCCAUGGACCGCGUCCAGCAGACCUUUGUUCGCUACUUCCGCAUCCCGCAGGCUGAACGCGAGGCCCAGGGCGGCGCCUGGUUCACGACGGCCAUCGAGAACGAGUGCCGUUCCCUGGGCAUCGAGGAGCAGGAUAUGGCGCGGUUUAUGGUCAUGGUGUACUGGGUAGUAAGCACAAACACGCGUAAGGCCGCCUACUGGAUUCUGUACUACCUGCUACACGACAAGCCAGACCUGAUCGAGGCGAUCCGACAGGAGACGGCGCCGGCGUUUGACAAGGACGGCAAGCUGGUCGACCUGGCGUACCUGCACGGGGGUCAGUGCCGGAAUCUGGAGCAGGCGUGGCUUGAGACGCUGCGGCUGAGCGCCAACUCGGCGUCGGCGCGUGUGCUGACGCGCGACACCGUCGUGGGCGGCAAGCUGCUUCGCCGCGGCGGCCGCAUCCUGAUCCCGUACCGUCUGCUGCACUUUAACAAGGCAGGUCAUGGUAAUACCAGCAGCAGUGGUGAUGAUGGCCCGGAUAUCAAUUCGUUUCGCCCCGAGCGCUUUGCCGGCAGGGAGUCGAUCACGCGCGGGCCCAGCUGGCGCCCCUUUGGCGGUGGCAAGACCAUGUGUCCGGGUCACUUUGUGGCUAAGCGCGAGACCAUGAUCUUUGUCGCCAUGGUGCUGCAGCGCUUCCAUGUGGAGCUGGUGGGCGAUGGCGUGCUCCAGCCCGAUCUGGGUAAGCCCGUCCUCGGCCUCGCUGACCGCAAGUCGGGCCAGGAGGUCACUCUUAGAAUCACACCGAGGACUAUGUAG